AGUGAAAUGAACGAUGCCAGAAGCUCUUGAAAAAAGGCAUCCGCCAGCGAUAUCGACUGCCCUAUCAGAAGAUGUGCUGCGUCUGCAUGUCGAACCAUCACCGCCAGGAAGUCCCCCGACAUCUCCCAAGGUCAUCAGCCCCCGCAUACUAGCCCGUAGAUCUUCCCCUGCCGGCUUGGCAAAGACAAAGAAGGUGGUGUUAUGGAACCAAUUUGUGUUUCUGACCACAGGGUUGAUAUCAACUUUGGGAGGGCAAUGGCUUCAUUACAAAGGCGCUGCUGACGGACGGUCCAUGCUCACCGUUCUGGCGACAUACAUUGGAAUGGUAACGAUCCACCUUCUCCCCGAACCCAAUAGUCAACGCAGGCCAGAACCCACUAUCGCGCACAAGAGCGUGCUUUGCGUGGCUUUCAUGGAUGUAUUAGGAAAUGUGGUCUUGACCAUUGGUCAGUUCUCUGUUGGAAGUGGGCUAUUUCAAGUCAUCUAUGCCAGUAUGGUUGUUUUCACCGCCUUUCUUAGCCGUAUAUUCUUGAAACGAACCUUGAAUGCUGCACAAUGGCUUGCGGUUUUCCUUAUCAUGAUGGGAUUGUCGAUCAAUGCUACUGGCGGUUCAGAUUUAGAGGAAAAGACGUCCCAUGCAAAAGUCGUGGCGGGCUUCUUUAUCACUCUGAUGGGAACAUGCAUAUAUUCUGGUGUUUAUACCCUGAACGAUUAUUUACUAUCGAACGCAGCUAUACCCAUGGCCCCGCGGCAGCAAUGUUUCUGGGUCGGACUCUACAGCGGUCUCAUUUGUCUCGUCCUCAUGCUGUUUUCUUCAAUUCCAACGCUGAGAGAAAUGCCACUCAACGAUUUCGGCGUGAUCGGCAUGUACUUGGUAUUGGUCGUCAGCUCGUUAGGACAUAAUUUGACAUACUUUGAACUGCUGGAGAGUACGGGAGCCGUUGCGACGGGCGUGUUGCAAGCUUUGCGAGCAGUUCUGGUUUUUGGACUCAGUCAUCUUAUGUUUUGCCAACGGGAUACGGCUCAAUGCUUUACGGCUCAAAAGGGCAUGUCGACUCUAGUGGUUGUGGCAGGCGUGAUUGGGUUUUCGGUCGCAAAGGCUGUUGGUGGGAGUAGCAAGAACCGGGGAGAGUUCUCACGCGUUCCAGACGGGUCUGGACGUGGGGAGAAUAUAGAUAUGGACGCUGUUGGCAAGCCCAAAAAGUAAAUUGUAUCAAUGCCGUUGCUUUACUUGUAAUGAUCAGGGCUGUCGGGUGUGAUAAAUGGUCUGUGGGGUUCAUGUCUUUUUUAUUACGUUCUCCCAUCGCGGUUACCGACUGCCAAUGUAACAGAUCUUUUUUACAUAGAAUUUGUC